CACUCUAUAUGCUACCCAUUCGUAGCGGAACGCCAUGGAUUUACUCAUUUCUGUUUUGUCUCUCCGUUUCCUAAUCGUGAUAUUUGUUCACGUUGACGGCGGUCGCACCCUGCGAUCCGAAGGCUCAGACCUGUUCCAAAGAGAGACGUCUAUAGCUUACGUUCUUGUCGAUGACUCUUACUCGGAAAUCGCUGUCGAGGCAGUCUACAAGGAGGUGGCUCGGACUACUCAAAGCGAGAACGUCGGACGAAGACCAACUGUUAAGAUUGUCAACGUGAGGAAGGCAGACAAUGCCUGCAGCUUAGCUCAAAACUUCUUUACCGUUCACUUGACUGCAGAGUGCCUCGAUGCUAACGCGUCGCGGCUAACGCCGCCUGUUCUCUCUAUUCCUCUUCACUAUGUCGGAGCCAUCGAGCCAUGUGCGUCUCACGUGAGUUUUGCUCACACCGACAGUUCCGAGCUUCCAGUUCUACUAGCAAUCGUCGGAAAACUCGAAUGGACGUCAGCCGUGUACGUCGGUGACACAUGCGAAGAUGAUAUCUUUUUUCAACGACUGUUACGCUGCAGCAGGACAUUCGAGCUGACGGACGUCGUAACGUUAAAGGACCAAACGAAUUCUGAGAUUUUGUACAAGAGAAUUCAGAAGAGGGAAGCUGAUUUCGUCCUGGUCCAUUGCUAUACAUAUUCGUGUUAUCAGUCGGUCACCAAGUUGUUUUAUCUUCGAAAUGAAAAUGCAGCAAACAAUUCAAUUGCACCAUGGCUUCUGACUGAAACACUUACGGCGAGUGCUCUACAUGGUAAUUCACCAGGGCCAAUAAUGCUACAAUCGACUACGCUUGGCCUGCAUAAAGCACUGCCUAACAAAGAACGUUCAGACAGCCUUCUUGACAAAAUUCCGUUUCUUGACGCAACACAGAGCGAGUGCUACUUACUUGGCCACUGUCUACCAACAAUCAAGCAUCGGCUGCAGGUACUCGAUUUCUACGACUCACUUGUUGCUGUGACUCACCUACUACAACACGAAAACCAAUUUUCAAUUCAAAGCGAACAGCCUCUUUAUCAGAUCAUAAAUAGCGCAAACCUUCGAGGUAUUGGCGGACCUAUGCAUUUCGGGAACGCUUUCGAUAGGUCAUACCCAACGUUGUAUGACGUAUUAGACAUAAGUCCAUUCGUCGUUGCUACAAUUGGGGUUUAUGAUAGCAGCAGUUCUCUCUGGUUGCACGACUUGCAACCUUUGAAAAGCAAUGCCAAGAAGUCAGGCCGUUAUAGAAGGCAGCAGAAACAGUGUGAAGCCGCUACAGACUUUUUCAGAGUUACAACCAUGAUAGAGCCCCCUUUCGUUAUAUGGGAUCCGAAUAGGACGAUAGCGCCAGGGGAGACACAUAAGGACCACUAUGCUGGUAUUGUGAUUGAUAUAAUGGAGGAGAUCUCGAAAUCUCUUAGGUUUGAGUACGCUAUGCAUUUACCGAAAGAUCUCAAGUAUGGCUCAAUAGAUGAAGACGGGGUUGGUAACGGGAUGGUUGGAGAACUAAUGAGAUGCGAAUCUGACCUGGCAGCGGCUGCCUUCGCAACCACCUUCAGUCGUUCCAAGUACAUACAUUUCACAAAGCCAUACAUUGAUGCCGGAAAAACCCUACUGGUAUACAAAGGAGAGGUUACGAGUUUCGACGUCUGGGCAUUUCUGGAUCCAUUUGACUUCUUCACAAAACUCGUCAUCGUUGGCUGUUUCGUCGCCGUUUCUUUCGUCUACAUCAUUUUGGAAAAAGUCAGCUCUUGUCGUCAAACUUUGGAUCUCGAGGAGAACGAACACCGUGACGGAAGGUCGGAAAGAUUGGCAUACAGCAACCCCGUUUGGUUGCUUUACACCACCGCCAUGCAGCAAGGCCCGGAUUAUGUUUCCUCCCUAUCUGGAAAAAUAAUCGUUGCCGGAUGGUUUUUCUUCUGUCUGGUAAUCGUCGCUACGUAUACCGCAAACUUAGCCGCCUUUCUAACGGUCAGAAGUUUUGCUGAUGGUUUGCAUUCAUUAGACGACUUGGCAAAACAGACGGAAGUGAUCUACGGCACUGUAAAGAACACAUCAAUUUCUGACUAUUUUAAAAACUCUCCCAUCAACGUCCAUCGGCAAAUGUACGAAUUUAUGGCGUCGACUCAGGGAGCAUUAGUAGACACGGCAGCUGAAGCAUACGAUCGAGUUGAAAGUCAAAGUAAAGGGCCAUACGUGUUUAUCUGGGACGAGCCUAUUCUCCAAUAUCGCACAUCUCACAGACCCUGUAAGAGUAAAGUCGUCGGGCGAACGUUUCAUUUCCAGGGUUAUGCAUUAGCGUUACCUCGCAACAUGCCAUAUCAACGCAACUUCUCUCUGGCCGUGUUGAAACUGAGAGAUUCUGGAAAAAUCGAGGAGCUCCGAGAGAAAUGGCUUAAGGCAGGUGAUUGCGAUGUGACGGUUCAGGAGAAGGAUGUUACCAACGCGGAGGAAGUUCACUUCAGUGAUUUAAUCGGAGUGUUUAUCAUUUUGGGAACGGCAGUCGCGUUGUCGCUAGCCGUCGCAGUUGUGGAGCAUUUGCGGUGGAAACGACAGAGACGAGCUACGGUUAACGUUUCCAGCAAUAUGGAUGGACAGAUUUCUUCCACGAGGAACGUACACGAUGCAUGGAGAGAAUGAUCAUCUUUCUGACAAACUGCAGGAGCAGAACAUACCAACAUAUUCUUACUCAUUUAUAUCUGUUGUUGGUCAAAUGGAAGGGUAUAUACAGUAGUUAAUACUAAUGCUAUUAGACAGACUAACUACAUUUAGGUGAAAUUUCCAAAUUGCAGUUAGGCUAUUGAUACGUGCAUAUAAUGUUAAAUAUUUUGUACGUACUUACAAUACAGUUGAAUUAUUGAUUUAUACGUAUGUUUUUGGUACUGUUGAUGCUUGUUCAGCAUUAUGUCAUGAGAGUUAC